AUGGUAUCAGCCCACAAUGAUGUAUUGACUGGGCCUAACUGGGCCUACCCUGUCGCUACUUCGGGUAGCCGUUCCCCUACGCCUUUGCAGGUAGCAUCGACAGCACGGCUCGGUACCGAUGGAGAGGAGAGCAUCGACACACGUCUCCGCGGUCAAAGGCGACGUAAACAACACUUUACACUGCCUACCGUGGGCGGCUGA